UGCGAUUCUAUCAUCGACGAAUAACUGAACAAUCAUCAUCGUCAUCCAUCCACAUUCAUGCAUUGCACCUGCAAGACGCUGCUGAGCAGCGCAUUCACAAGUUCUGUGACUCGAACAUCUAUUCUCCCGCCGGCUUUUCUUAUACCCGCCUUCGGCCUUCAAACAUCCGCCUUCUCAACAUCGCCUACUCAACAAGCGCGCAAGGAUGGCAAUCGUCGAAAGCGCGGCGUUUCUGCCCUGUAUCGAUCCGGUCUGAACAGGGAUCUUGCUAAGCACAUCACGGUCGGCCUCUCGUCUCUACCUAAGCCCGUCCUGGAUCGCAGUGAACGCCCUGAAGUCAGUGAGAGCCAUGGGCUUUGGGGCUUUUUUCCAACGAAAGAAGCCGCAUUGGCGACGCCCGAAGCCUUGCAUAGUCAUGGCCGCUCCUGGACCAGGUCCGAGCUUCGCCUCAAGAGCUGGAACGAUCUGCACCGCCUGUGGUGGACAUGUCUGAAGGAGCUUAACAGACUAGCUACCUUCACAGAAGAGAAGGCACGGGUUGGAAAUGUCUAUGGAAACUUCGAGGCUGGCGGUCGGAGAAAGAUGGUCAGAGGGACGAUGUCAGCCAUCCGGCAUACUUUAAUUGAGCGCUGGUACAGUUUUGAAGAUGCUCGCGAGCAGGCCAUGAGCGACCCUUCUAUCAACAUGUAUGCCGAAUUUGGGGAAUCUGGUCUGGUCGAAUCAGCUCAGACACAGCAAGAAGAGUUCAAUAAUGCAAGCGGGCAUGAGCUGGAAACUACACAGAAGAACCGCAGGGAAAUGAGGUCCGCCAACCCAACAAUGAAGCUCGAGACGAGGUCUUUCCAAAACGUGUGAUUCAUUCUACUGGCCAACCGGCCUGAAUGGCGAUGCAGGCAUCAUAUUCGCCAACCAACACCAAUGUGACAAUGCAAAUUUGCCUUAAUCUGCUGGAAGACAUCCACGAUCGAUAUUAGCAGCUGGUGUCACCAAAUCGGUUGGCACAUGGCGCCCACUCUGUUAAGCGAGCCUGAAGGCCGAAAGCUAUCGAGAUCGUUGCACAACUGCGGGAUUCGGAUGGUGGCAAGUGAUCGUGGAAUUUUAGACUGCCGGUUGUGAUCGGUUACUGAGCUUCGCCGCAGAGUCGGCAAUGUCUGUUUACUAUGUACAUCAGGAUUUGUAGAACUAUCAAUCGUAUAUGGAGGCCCUCUUUGAUGAUGCCACCGCUCUCUCGUGA